CCUCAUUUUCCUUCUCGAUAUGAGUACAAACAAUUCCGAGAAGACAACGAGCGAAACUCGUUAUAUAGCUAUAGGUUCUCGUGUGUUUAAUUCAUUCUUACUCUACCGUUGGAUAUACAAACAGCACCGAUGCCGACCGAUUUUCACGUCAUCAAGCUCUAUCACGAUUUGUGUCAAACACCCAUCAACUCAGAGGAUAUGCUUUACCCUGACCAACAAGUUCCCCAAACCAACACAGUGUUCACCGAUGACUUUUCUCAGGUGUCCGUGAAGAUAGAACCAGAGGUUUACCAGUAUGACUUCACCGGGAACAUCUUAGACACAUUCUCCUCGUCUCCAUUCCCGGCGCCCAUCGCUGGCUGCACUUCUGUAACCGAGGUACCCGACCAGCAGCUGACCGAAGGGGCGAGCCCCACCCAUCUCAUUGACCUAGACAUGUAUGACAGGAGUGACACCACCAUGUAUGACCAAAACGUCAGUGAUGACAAGCAGGCACAGUCAGGGUAUUUCCCUACACCCAACCCAGACAUCGCUAUGGAUGACGGGCUCGAUGCGCUGUUCGUUCUGGCAACGAAAGAUAUCAAAGAAGAGUGCAUCGCUCUACAAAUAAGUAAAGAUCCUACUCGCUGGUCUACCCAGGAUGUUGGGAAAUGGAUCACGCACAUGUCGAGGAAGAUGUUCAUCCAAGAUGUGAAUCUCGAACUCUUUGACAUGAAUGGAAAGUGUCUCUGCCUCCUCUCGGAAACCGACUUCUCAUGGCGAUCGCCAGCUGGAGGAUCAAGUCUCUUCGCCUCGUUGGAAAUAUGGAAGAAUUACUUUAAAAUGGAGGAGAUGAACGAGACCGGUCGUUACCACUCAGACAGCAUGGCCGACUCACCUAUGACCCUGGAGGGAAACCGCUUCUGUGCCUCUCCUAGCAGCUCGUCCCCUGGGUCCCCGGGAUCGUCAAGCCUUGACAGCAACCCCUGUUCGUCUCCCCGCAGCCAAAUGCUUGAUGACUUGUUCACAUAUCGAGCUCCAACGCAGGAGAAAGAACAACCACGCGAGAAAUUAACACCCCCACCAACUCCGCAUAAACAAACAAUUCACUUGUGGCAGUUUUUGAAAGACUUGUUAUUGAAACCCCAGUCGUUCAGCAGUUGUAUUAAAUGGGUGGACAGAUCGAAAGGAAUAUUCAAAAUUGAGGACUCGAGCAGGGUGGCAAAGGAAUGGGGUCGCAGGAAAAACAGGCCUCUGAUGAACUACGACAAACUGAGUCGGUCAAUCCGUCAGUACUACAAGAAGGGCAUCAUCAGAAAAACAGAGCACUCAAAACGGCUUGUUUAUCAGUUCUGCGCACCCUACUUGUAACAACAGCGUUGAUUCGCUGUUUGUGAUCACAUGAUCUCCUCCCUAGGAGAGGCGCUUUUGGAUUGGUCACCGUGAAGUCAGGACAUUUUUGUUGUCGAGAGGGUGAUGCGAUCAGAAAUUGGAGCGCUCAUUGGCUGUGAUACAGGUCAGGUUGCCCAAUGUGACCAUACAACCAAAUGACGUAUGCUGUACGUAACAAUACGUCACCAAGGCAGCAGAUUAUACCUGAGCCACAUCUGGAAGGCAGCAAGGCAAUUUUGUACGUUCAAAAUUGACCAAAUACCAUAGCAUUUAGAUCUCUGAAACGUCUUGGAAUGAGAAACGGUUUUAUGUUUGGUUUUCCCAUUCUGUAGUUGAGAAGCCAAGACGUGUAAAUCCCGAGUAGACAAGACUUACUGAAAUUCAUUCUGUAAUAUAUCAUACACGUCAUUAUAUUUCACAUCUGUCAAUCAAAAUGUCUCCAAGAGGCUUAACUUAUAUUCAACGUAGUCGCACAAAGUGUAUGUGUAAAUAAGUUCAAGUGAGAAUCACACUUAUCCAAAAUGGUGCUUUGAACAUUCUAUCGUGCGUCCGUUCCAUGGAGGCUACUCGUGAACGGUCAUUGUGUACAUACGUCUCAAUUUUCAUAUGUUUUUUAUUUCUAUUUUAUACAAAAUAACAAAAUCCACGAAAUAAAAAUAAAAAUGAACAUAU